UCUCAUGCACCCACUAAUUCGAACUUAUACAUUGUUAUUGCAAGUAGUCCUAUAGUGUCCAACUGACGUAAUCGUGAAGCCUUCUUCUACUCUAUGAAAAAGAACAGUGAUACCCCUUAUCUACAUGAGGAAUAACAUUUCUCCACUAUCAGCUCAAAAAAGAAAAAAAUUAGAACUCUAUAAUCAGCCAGCCACGUUUCCAAUUGACGUAAUAAUCCAAAAGUGGGUCCCUUUGCGCACUCUACUUAACCCCUAUGGCUUAUACUCCCUCGUUAACUUGUUACACCAUGCCCAAUCCCCAAAACCUCUCCUCUAUUUAAGCCCUCCAUUCACUUCCACCACCUUCAUCUCAACCCUCUCAUCCUCUAAUUAUUACACAUUCAUAUACUAAAACAUUUCCAAAAAAACUAUUAUUCCCUUCUUAUAAACUUCAGACAACUUCUCAUCCUCUAAAAUAAUUGUAGCGUUUAAUAUAUAGUGUUUAUAAUACAGACCUAAGACUAGUAAAAGUCCUUCUAUCCUUUUACACACAAUAUCUGCAGUAUUAUCGUUGUCACAUAUACAUGAUGGGUACAGUAGAGGAUCAUGAGUAUGUGUACCCGAGUAUGAAUACCGGACAGCGAAGGAGCCGGGUGGCGGUGCCGCCACCUCAACCAUUUUUCAAGUCUCUACAAACAACCUUGAAGGAGACAUUCUUCCCUGACGAUCCACUAAGGCAGUUCAAAAACCAACCAAGGUCUAGGAAGUUCAUACUAGGGUUGCAGUACUUCUUUCCAUUCCUGGAAUGGGCACCCAAGUAUUGUCUAGAUUUCUUGAAAGCAGACCUUAUUGCUGGAAUCACCAUUGCUAGCCUUGCUAUUCCUCAAGGGAUCAGCUAUGCUAAGCUUGCUAACUUGCCUCCAAUUCUUGGACUAUAUUCUAGCUUUGUUCCACCAUUGGUGUAUGCCAUGAUGGGAACCUCCAAAGAUGUGGCCGUAGGGACCAUCGCAGUGGGGUCGCUCUUAACCGGAUCUAUGCUGAGCACGGCCGUCGAUCCGAACGAAAACCCUAAGCUAUUCCUUCACCUAGCUUUUACUGCCACCCUUGUUGCUGGAAUUUUUGAAGCAACGUUAGGAUUAUUAAGGUUAGGGUUUAUAGUGGAUUUCCUGUCACACGCAACAAUAGUGGGGUUCAUGGGAGGAGCAGCUACAGUGGUGUGCUUGCAACAGCUGAAAGGAAUACUUGGACUUACUCAUUUCACAAAAUCCACAGAUAUCAUUGAUGUUAUGCAUUCUAUCUUUUCUCAAGAACACCAGUGGAGAUGGGAAAGUGCAGUAUUGGGAUGUGGUUUCCUUUUCUUCCUCCUCCUCACUAAGUACUUUAGCAAGAAAAGGGCAGUGUUCUUUUGGAUAUCAGUCAUGUCUCCCUUGAUUUCAAUUAUUUUGGGAAGCGUUCUAGUUUAUCUCACCCAUGCUGAAAAACAUGGUGUCCAAGUGAUUGGGUCCUUGAAGAAGGGCAUUAAUCCACCAUCCUUUGGAGACUUUGUAUUGAACUCUCCUUAUUUUCCGGUGGCUCUCAAAACUGGCAUUAUCACGGGUGUUAUUGCUAUGGCUGAAGGUAUUGCUGUCGCAAGAAGUUUUGCUAUGUUCAAGAACUACAACAUUGAUGGGAACAAAGAAAUGGUUGCAUUUGGGGUGAUGAACAUCAUUGGCGCUUGCACCUCUUGCUAUUUGACCUCGGGUCCAUUUUCGCGAUCAGCUGUGAAUUACAAUGCAGGGUGCAAAACAGCAGUUUCAAAUAUAGUAAUGUCAACUGCUGUGAUGAUCACACUUUUAUUCCUCACACCAUUGUUCUUUUACACCCCUCUUGUGGUCCUCUCAUCAAUUAUCAUUUCUGCCAUGCUCGGCCUCGUAGAUUAUGAGGCCGCAAUCCAUCUUUGGAAGACCGAUAAAUUCGAUUUUGUUGUUUGCAUAAGCUCCUACAUUGGCGUGGUCUUUGGCAGUGUUGAAAUUGGCUUAAUGGUCGCGGUCACGUUGUCCGUGUUAAGGGUACUAUUGUUUGUGGCUAGACCAAGAACAUGCAUCAUGGGUAAUGUGCCGAAUUCGAUUUGUUAUAGAAGUGUUGAUCAUUAUCCUGAUGCUCAAAUUGUGCCUGGAAUUCUCAUACUUGAGAUUGGUGGUCCUUUAUAUUUUGCCAAUUCUACUUACUUGAGGGAAAGGAUCGUGAGAUGGGUUGAUGAGGAGGAAGAAAGGUUGAAGUCAUCUGGAGAGAACAGUUUACAUUAUGUAAUCUUGGAUAUGAGGGCUGUUGGAUGCAUUGAUACAAGUGGAAUUAGCAUGUUGGAAGAAGUGAAGAAGAUCAUUGACAGAAGGAAACUUAAGCUUGUAAUAGCAAGUCCUGGAGGAGAAGUGAUGAAGAAGUUGGACAGAUCAAAAUUUAUAGAAAAAUUAGGACAAGAAUGGAUACAUUUAACAGUUGGAGAAGCAGUUGGAGCAUGUAGGUACAUGCUUCAUACAUACAGAAAUGGAGAAUCAGAGAAAUGGAGCAACAAUGUUUAACAUAUUAUAAACAUAACAUGUAUUAUAUCCAUCUAAAUCCAUCGAUUUGUAUUCUAAUUUGCUAUUUUUGGGGUGAAUCAAAAAAAUGUGUUAAUUUAGUGCAUGAUAAGAAGUUGGUUAAGAACCAUUGUUUAGAUUGGCAAGGCAAGUAAUGGCAAACUCAUGAAGAGAAGUUGUAAUUCUUGGCAGCUUUUAGUGCCUACGUACCAAUUAUCAACAUGUAAAACUAUUUUGUAGCGCGAAAAAAGAUGCAAUAGUGUGUAUUUUAUCAAUCUCAUAUAUCAAAUGCUAAUAACAAAUUUGAUUUUUGA